AGUGCCACUCGUCCUCGUCCGAAUCUGAACCAGUAUCGUGUGUUCCGUCGUGCAGCUGCCCCGGGAGGAGGUAGAAGUCAGCCAGCAGCGCCGGGAAGUGAACCAGCGACUGGAGCAGGACUCCAAACAUGGAGCCUAUCGCGUCGUGGAGCGAGGAGAGAGUGUCCAGGUGGCUCCAAGGUCUGGAUGCCCCCAUAAGUCAAUACCAGGUCUCAGAGUGGGCUUUAUCGGGCAUGAAUCUUCUCAGUUUGACCUCCCUGGACCUGGAGAAGUUGGGAGUCUCUAAGAUUGGACACCAGGAGCUCAUACUGGAAGCUGUGGAGAAGCUCUGCUCUCUGAGUUACGGCUUCAGAGGGGAGAGCCUGAAAGUUUUAACGGAGAAGUUGGCCGCUGUUGCCCACACGCUGCAGACGAGCAUUCAAAGCCGCUGGCGCCUCAAUGGCUACGAUGGUCGGAGCACCACCAAGAUGUCUACUGGGGUUCUGAACAUUGUCGUUGAACUCAUCACGUCUGCUAAAGGCCUUUUCUCUUUACUCAACAGAUAUCAGUUUUUCCAGCUCAGCGGAUACAACGAUACCAAAAACAUAUUCACUUACUGCAAAAACCUGGGAGAUAUUGUGCACAAGGAGACCACUGUCUAUGAAAAGGAAAAGGACAUAAUCUCUGUCUGCCGUCUGUUGGUGGAGGUUUGUGAUGAGAUCCUGAAAUCCAGCCCUGAAACUCUUCUAACCCACACGGCUCAGCUGGAGACUGUUGACCUGGUGCCCGUUUCACCCGGAGACCAGUUGGGGAUUGAGAUAACGUCCACCAGUUCCAGUAACCACUACGUGACCGGAGUCGCCGCUGAGCCCUCCACAGACGCCUUUUUGCGGGUCUUGGCCGGUGAUGAAGUGGUUCAAGUCAACGACCAGAUAGUGGUCGGCUGGAGCAGAGCGAACCUUCUUAAGAAGCUGCAGGAGAAUCCCAACGGAGUGACCCUAGUCCUGAAGAAGAUUCCUGCGUCAGAGCGACGCAAAAAUUCCAUCAAGGUUGUCUCUGUGCAGAAGGAGGAAGAGGAGAGAGAAAAAACGUCCGAAGAAGACGAGGAGAGGGACGAGGAGGAGAGUAUAAGGCACUCCAUAUUUGAGAGGGUGGCAGCCUCCGUCAGAUCCCUGUCUUUUCGGCGAGCCGUUCACGGACCGGAGCCGCCUCAGCAGCCUAUGGGACAGGAGGAAUCAGAGCUGCCCUUUGACAAGGAGCUGGAUGUGAAGCUGACCGUACCAUCGAGUCAAAACCAGCCGGGGAGGUCGUCGCCUCUGCCUGCCUCAGGAGAGUUUAGGAGUUUAGGAGGUUUGAAACUCUCGCCGAAACUCCCGAGGGACCGCUCGCCGUCCUUCAGGACUCCGUCACCUCUCACGUUGAACCAGGAAAGAACAAGCGUCUCCUCCUGUCCUGAGAUGGUGGGACACACGGCUAAUAAAGAGACCAAGAAGAUCUCCACGAAAGGAAUGACGACAGCUCUUAGCCGGCGCCGGGUGUCCUGCCGAGAGCUGGAUCAUCCCGACUGCGACGGCUGGUUGUGGAAGAAAAGAAGAGAGAGCAGCGUCUUCAUCACCCAGAAGUGGCAGCGCUUCUGGUUUGUCCUCAAGGGGCCCAAUCUUUACUGGUUCAACUCCCAACAGGAUGAAAAGGCGGAGGGUCUGCUUAACAUCUCCAGCUACAACGUAGAGAGCGCUGGAGAGCACAAGAGAAAAUACGUUUUCCAAAUGUCUCACCGGAAAUUUCAGAACUUCUUCUUCGCUACAGAGACGGCCACCGACCUGAGCAAGUGGAUUAACUUCCUGAUUUCAGCCACUCAGAAACACAAGAAGUUACAAAAAGGUCCAGAUAGUGAAGAAGAAUGCUACAGUGAAACUGAGUCGGAGAGCGAAUCAUCUCCUUCACCGCGCAGGAAGAACAAGGUGCAGUACAGCACGCUGCCUCGACCCAAAGGGAAACCAAACAAAGCACCUUUACCGAUUGCUUCAACAGAGGGCAGCAAAGGAACAGCCGCCCCAGUUGACGAGAUGGGCAUGAUGCUGAACAACCUGAAGGAAGGAGGAGUGUCCCUGAUGGGCCACGAGCAGCCGCUGACUCAAGAUCACUUCAGGAAAUCCUUCAUCCGACGCAACAAGAAUCCUGUCAUCAACGAGAAGGCGCUCACGCUGCGAGCCCUGCAGAGCACUCUGAAGGCCAAGGAGGCGGAGCUUCAGCAGGUCAACAAGAUCCUGGACGACCCAAAUCUGACGGCGUCCAGGUUCCGUCAGUGGAAGGAGCAAAACGAGGAGCUGAUGCUAGAGAUCCAAAAACUGGUCUCGCAGAAAGCCUCUGCUGCGCCGGAGCAGGGCACGCCUGCCGUGAAGGUUGCCCUGGAAACUGUUGCUAAGGAACCAGCCGCAGCCGAGACGGAAGGCGCUUACGGACUGAGCCUGAGCGAAGGCGAGCAGCUGGUUGACGCGGAGCUGUCGGAGCUGGAUGUUUUCCUGGAGAUCCCGCCGGGGUCUCCGAGUCCUGCGUCGAGCCUGGAGCUGGACCUUUCUCUGGGCUCGCUGGUGGACUCGAUAAACAAACAGCUGAGCGAAAACGCCGGCGCUGUUGAGAGCUCCUUCUAUAUUUGAGAUCACGGCGCAAAGCGAGUGUGGAAAAGGCUCGUUCGACGGUUUUCUGCUGAAGCUCACCUGCUGGAUCGUUUCACAUCAGUCCGUGCUUCAAUCAAACGCACCGUGGAAAAGCACAUGUAGAGACUCGAUGCUUUAGAGAAUAAACCUGCAAUGUGACUCGUUUACAACAGUAAAAUAUUCACCUGCCAAGUGUUCUGGACAUAUUUUAUAAAAUUCUGAGAGUGUCUUGUUUUUAAAUAUUAAAAAAAAUAAUAAUUAUUAUUAUAAUCUCUUGGAAUUC